CAGCUCUCCAAUGGACUUUUAGUGUCAGUGCAGCUUUACAGGUGGACAAGAAGACAACCGUGUAUUUAUCGUCUCUACAAUACGAUCCAACAUGAUCACAGGAGCUUAAACUUUUCUCUUCGUCUGUGUUUUAGAUUUCAGAAAGAACGAUGCCAGAGCAGAGCAACGAUUAUCGUGUGGUUGUGUUCGGGGCUGGUGGGGUCGGCAAGAGUUCCCUGGUCCUGCGUUUUGUGAAGGGAACUUUCCGUGAGAGCUACAUCCCCACCAUUGAGGACACAUACAGGCAGGUAAUCAGCUGUGACAAGAGCAUCUGCACCCUUCAGAUCACAGACACCACAGGUAGUCACCAGUUCCCUGCCAUGCAACGCCUGUCCAUUUCCAAGGGUCACGCCUUUAUCUUGGUCUACUCCAUCACCAGCAAGCAGUCUCUGGAGGAGCUAAAGCCCAUCUUCGAACAGAUCUGCCAGAUUAAAGGUGAUGUGGAAAACAUUCCUAUAAUGCUGGUGGGCAACAAAACUGAUGAGACCAGUGGUCGCGAGGUGGAGCCCGGUGACGGCGAGGCCAUGUCCAAGAGGUGGAAGUGUGCCUUCAUGGAGACAUCAGCCAAAACCAACCACAAUGUAAAAGAGCUCUUCCAGGAGCUGCUGAACCUGGAGAAACGCAGGACUGUCAGCCUCCAGAUUGAUGGCAAAAAGAACAAGCAACAGAAACGUGCUGAGAAGCUUAAGGGAAAGUGUGUUGUCAUGUGAGGGAUCAAAAGAGUACGUGUCUGGAUUCAGUCAGGGGAAAACCAAGGAUUCAAGCUUUAACAAUGUAGCAGGUCUGGCUAACACCUUUCCCACUUCACAAAGAAAGAUUUGCACGUAUAACCAUAACACUUUGUCUUGGGAGAAGUGAUUUCUUGAGUGAAGGGAUUGCUGGGGUUACUGACAGUAACCCCACAAUUUACAAAAAAACCUCGGAGAAUCAUUCAGAAGUUAAGCCACUUCCAUCCUGUGCUGCUCUAAAAGACAUCAUUCCCUGAGCUUGUCACUAAUAGGAUUCAGUCUCACAAUCUUGCAAGUUGGCACCAGAUGUUAAAACACAACAGCAGUGUUUAAUGCUUUGCCACCACUUUCAUGCGCUCAUACUGCACAGUUCAGGUGUAAUUGCAAACUGCAAGGAUCCAGUAAUAUCGGUUUCUGUGGAAAAUGAGAAUAAGAUGAUGAAAGUAUGGACGACGGUGGAAUUUUAGACAUUGGUUUAAAUAUUCUGCCCCUGACACGUAUGCUCUACAAAGCAAUAUGUAUACAGGUUAUACAGAUCUGAGUAUUUUCAAAUGCCAAUGAAUUAACCAUAUAAAAAAAUGAAAUGUGGAAAAACAAAGAAGCUGCUGAUUUCUGGUCACAAACACAGUUAUUAAAGUUUAAAUCAUAUGAAGUUCACCCUUUAAUGGAAAUAUAUACGGUUAUAUAAAUGAAUUUCUUUUGACAAUUGUAUUUUUGUGGCUUUGUGUUAGCCUCCCAUGACAAAGUACUUUAAGUAAUUUAAAAGAUUUUUAAGUAAACUGGGAGGACGAUGAUCCUUUAUAUUCCAUAUAUUUCUAGUAAUAUUUCAAAUAUUUAUGAAUCUUUUUAAUAUUGUACACAGUUUAGCCUUCACAAAUUAGGCCUUAUUGCAUUGAAUCUCAGAAGAUAACUGCAGUAGGAAAGUCCUGCCUUUAAAUUUCACCAAAUGGUGUUCACUGGUUAGAUGAGCAUUUUCCCAAAUAAGGACAAAUAACAUAUAUUCUAACAUAUCUCUUAACAAUGACAGAUAUUAAAGUAUGAUUUUGUUCUGUCUGAGAUAUGUCAUAUUUGUUUCAUUAUUAAGAUCAAUAAGAUUGAGCCAUUGCUUUAAUUUAAGGUUUGAUGAUGCUGAUUUCCAAAUGAAGAAUACUCAAGAUGUUUACAGAUUAUAGUAAAAGCUUGAUCUAUCACUCAUGGCCAGUGUGUGUGUUCACAUAGGACCCACUGAAGGCAUAUGAAUCACUAUUUAAAUACCAACCUUGCUUUUCGUGAUGGUGAUUUACUAAAAAAAAAUAAUAGCAGAUGUUCUUAUACCAGAUGCCUCAUUUACACAAAUAAUAACCUUGAGUGCCAGUAUUUUGAGUUUGUUACUGAAUGUGGAUUUUAAAGGUCAGUCCACUUAAAAAACUGUUAGUUAGAGUAUUUUAUGAAAUCAUUAAGUGGCCUUUGUGAUUGGAGCAUGUGGCUACUUAUUAAUUUGAUUGGCUUAAUUAAACUGGUUAAAGUUUAUAAACUACAUAUAAAGCUUAACAGCAGGAUUGCAUGAUUCCAGCAGCAGCAGCAGCAACAGGAAAGAGCUUCAGAUAAUGACAGUGCAAACUAAAACUAACUAACAAAACCAUACACUAUACUUAACAACCAGCCCGAUAUGUUUUCUAUAGGUCUAGAAUCAAAUAGCCUCUUUAAUGUUUAUGAAUGGAUUAACAUAUAUGUGUAGUUUUAGCAUGAUGGGUCUUGUACUUAUAACGGUAGGCUUUUACGGCUAGCUUAUAUUGCUGCUCCGACGGUCUUUUUUAACAUCAGUAAUGCUCACGGUAUGACAGAUACAGUGCACUAUUUAUUUAAGUGAUAUAUUGUCACAGGAAUGUCACUAGUAUGGUUAAAACAAAAAGGAAAAGAAUAAAAAUAGAUUAUUGCAGUCACAGUAGAUAAACAUAUCCUCUACACUAAAAUGUAGUCACGACACCAGCGUGUCAGUAAGAGCUGAUGGUAUGUGUUACAUAGGACAGGAAAUAACCUAGAAUCACAAAUGAAUUAAAUGUAAUCUGUUAGUUUGCUAUGAUGGAAUUGUAAAAUAAAUAUAUGAAAUGAUGUAAUAUUGUUUUGAUGAACUGCCUGUAAAUCAUCAUGUGUGCCUAAAAGUUUAUAUAGUACUGUAAAUA